AUGGCAACAAAUCUUCUAGGCACCCGAGUUGUUCGUGGUCAAGAUUGGACAUGGGGAAACCAAGAUGGCGGAGAAGGUUCUGUAGGUACAGUAGUUCAAGUCGGAAAAGACAAGAAGUCGCCUGUGACAGCACAGCUUGUUUACGUACAGUGGGAUUGUGGAGGGAAGCACGACUACAGGGCUGGAAUCGAAAGGAAACACGAUCUUCGAGUUUUUAGUCUCACAAAUGGCGGUGAGUGACGAUUUAAGUUUCUUGCUAUUUAUCUUAAUUUAAACGGAAAUAUCUGCCCAGACUCAUCCAAACAACUCUAGCUGAAUAUUAUAUUCCUUAAAGAGGAUAAACUGCAAUCUCAGCACUUUUGUUAGGCAAGCAAAUGAUGCAAAAAUUUCAAUUAAAUCGAUUUAAACACAUUAACACGAGGUUUAGAAACCAUGCGGACUGACAAUUGACACGGAUAAAUCAUUGGAUUUUCAACUGGAGUUGAAGUCCGUGACAAUCCUAACCAAAAUGAAAACAACGAUCCUCGUUUCAAAUUUUUAUACCUUCUCAUUAAAAGCUUCCCUUGCAAAAUUUUAGGCCGUCAAACUUUUCGAUGGACACUUUGUCUUUUAUAACUACACACGGUUUUUUAUAUGACUUGCGAUGUGUACCAUUGCUUCAUAAUAUGCAGAUUUUUCAUUUAUCAGCUUGCUCACUAAGUGAAAGUGGAUAUGUUACAGCGUGAAUCUGUUGUAUCCCAAAAAGUGCGUUCAGUUCCCCACAAACCCAGAGCUAUAUUUUUAAGUCAGACAGCAAGUUAUUGAAAAAGUUUGUUGUAAAAUGACCUCGAAAGACCUUUGUUUUGAUAUAUUAAGUCUUCCUUGUUUUCCGAGAAUUUCAACCUAUUAUCAACUUAUUAUCAACUUAUUAUUGAUUUAUGAAUAAAGGGGUAAGUUUCUAAAGAAACUGUGGUGCUGCGUCGGUGAGAGAGUAUAGCAGGUAAUUUAGUGUUAACAACUGGGUUGAAAACGUAAAUUAGCCACCGUACCGGAUGAAAACGUAAAUUAGCCACCGUACCCUUUACAGUGGCUAAUUUACGUUUUCAACCCAGUUGUUAACACUAAAUUACCUAUUAUUGAUUUAGGCGGCUUAACAACCCCAGGAGAGAAAAAAAAAAUGUAAAAAGGUUUCCCUUUACAUUUGAUGCGUUCACAACAACACUUCCGGCUCAGUCUCAAACAUUAUCGGUUCAUGCGCGAGUCUCUCUCUCGCCGUUAGAAAAAAGGUUUUGUAACAUAGAUCAGUAAACGUCUAGUCUGCAUUCUUUGAGAUGUCAAUCAACGCUUCCCAAGCUCCCCUCCCCCUCCUCUGAAAAAGAAAGGUGUAGGAGGUAGAGAAUCCAGCGACGUUAUCAAACAAACUAGGAGGGAGACUAAUAAACAGCUCCAUAUCAUAAUAUGCUCAUGUGCAAACUCUGCAAAGCUACGGGCCAACUUGUCCUUUACACAUCAUGCUAGUAGAAUUCAUCGUACAAACUCGUGUAGCCACCAAACAUCUUUUGCAAUUUCUGUUAGUCGUCAGAACAUAUGGGGCUGUUUUUGAAAACCAGUGGAACAUUUCCGGCAUUUUCGGAAAUCUUAGUGUUUUGUUUAGCUAAGUCAGACAGAGAAGGAUAUUGUGUAUCAGGGACUAAACUGCAUGUGGUGCCAAGAACAACCGUGAAUCUAUGAAUAUCAUAUAUUUAAACCACAGAUUAAUAAAUAAAGAAAAAAGUGAUGAUCGUAGUUGUGAACACUUCUUAGGCAGCAGUGAGAAUAAAGACUGGGAAACAUUCAAACCUGUAGGUCAUGGAUUCAACUCCCGCACAGAGCUAAAUUUUUUCCAGUCCCUCUUUUCACUGCUGCUUAAGUAGCGAUAAUCGCUGCGAAGAUUACUCUCAUCUUCAUUUGUGAUGUCGAGGCAUAACUCUUCACUCCUAAACGUAAGGUAUCUCUCUAUUUCAUAUUCUGGUUACCUCUUCUAUUAGACGCGAAACAUCUAUUUACUAGCUGCGAUGGUUGUAAAGAAGAUCCCAUCAUUGGACUGCGCUGGCACUGUUUAGAUUGUCCCAACUAUGAUCUGUGUAGCAAGUGUUACAUGAACGAUGUCCAUGAUGUCAAUCAUCGCUUUGAAAGAUUCGAAAAGAGUCGCGCCAAAGGGUAAGUUGUCAAAGAAACAGGUCAGCGGCCUGUGCGUCCACGUAAACCCAUCGAUGUCAAAAAUGUUCCAUUGUCUUAAAUCAAAUUUAACUUCAAUAUCUUUUGCCAAAGAAGUAAAACGUUAUUUGCCAUCAGAACUAAUACGUCUUACUCAAUAACAUUGCAUUCUCUAUUAAGUUUGGUUUCUUCCUCUCUUGUUGUUCUUUUCUUUUUAAUGAAAAUUGACUUCAAAUGAAAAAGGAUCAGCUUCAAGACGUCACGGUUCCUGUAGCGGUCCAGCCUCUACACUCUAAUAGGGAUUUAACAAUGAUUCUUUUGAAUAAUUUUUUACUUCAAUUUAACAACAUUUUUGUCAGCAACUAAAUACUUCUAGGUUUAUUUUAUUGUUCGUAGCUACAUUUUAUAUUUGUCACUAGUGGAAGAAAACAACAGAAUAUCGACUGAUAUUCUCUUGAAGAGUAUUAAUGAAUUAUAUAUUUAAUUGCGUCAUGCAAAUUUACAGCAUCCCCGUUGGCAAAAGGCAAGGCGCCACUAAGAUUGAAGCCCGCGGAAUGUUUAAGGGAGCAAAAGUAACCAGAGGACCAGACUGGGAAUGGAAGGAACAGGAUAACCAAUCUCCUAUGGAAGGCGAGGUUACUGAGGUCACCAGCUGGAGUGACGAGACUAAUAAUGAUGCUGUGCGAGUGAACUGGAACAUAGGACCGACGGGUAACAUUUAUAGAUUGGGAACAAAUGGAAAGGUGACGUGGGCUAAUGAAUUAUUGCUUUAUUAUUAUUGUCAUCAGUAACAUUAUUAUUAUUAUUAUUAUUAUUAUCAUCAGUUUUACAAUGAUAAUAAUAAUAAUAGUUAAUAGUAGCAGUAGUAGUUGUGAAAUAAUUUUUUUUUAAUCAUAAACAGGGAUCCAAUUCAUUAAAGUUGUUCCUGUUGACUUUCUCAGUACUAUAUCUUGAGAAUGAUUUCAUCUUUGGCACUCCAGACACUAUUUUACAUCUCGAACAUCUCCUUACGCCAUUUCAAGCACUCUAGAGCUUAAUUCAACCACAACUUGAGACUAGGUCACUUUGAAAAACUCUUGCAGUCAAAAAAAUCCCACACAUUGGAUACCUAGUCUUUACCUCUAUUUCCUUCGAACUGGUAGGUUGACCUCAAGUGCACUUCGCCAGCUGUUGGAGGAUAUUAUUACAAAGAUCAUUUACCACCGCUCACAGUGCAGAUAAUAAAAUCCAAAAGUGGGUUUAUGAGUGGUGACAAAGUCUACCUUCAGAAGCUUGCGAUAGGAAAGCUUCAGGAGUUAUCCGCUGGUCAUGGGGAAUGGAACGCAGACAUGGAAAGGGUUCGUUUGGGACUUGCUUUCACAAACUCAUAACACUAUCUAAAACUCUUAAAAACAUUUAGUGUCUAACCCUAAUUUGAGGCCCUGAAAGUCUCAGUAUUCAAUUCCCAAUAAGAAGAUAUUGGCCCUCCCCUCUGAGUGUACAAUAUCCUUAGUCUAGUUCAUAUCCUCUUAGAUUUAAACCAAUUCAGUGAAAUGUCGUUGACAACUCGCACUUUAGAAACAAUUCACUUAUAUCCACAGUAUAUUGGAAAAAUCGGAGUCGUGCAGGAUUUCACAACCAAUGGUGACGUUGUUGUAGAGUAUCGCGACAUAAGAUGGCGUUACAAUCCAGCAGUUUUGUCAAAGGUAAUGCUAACGCAAUCAUUUGUCUCGCCAAGAGCUUCUUCAAAUGAGUUAAUUAUAUUUGUGUUAUGAAGUAGCCCUAAUUUUUUCUUUGACUGUCAUAAACAUUGGCAUCAGGUAUGUUAGAACGAGUGGCUUAGAUCUUGGAUGAUCAAGAAAUAUCCUACAGAAGUUACUUAUGUCAAAAUUUAUAUGGUUCGUUCAAAGUUAAAACACUGACGAUGUGUUAAAUUUCUGACGGCACACAAUAAACGCCAUGUGAUUACUGAUAAUUUAAAGCAUCGCCAUUCGAUUAACUGGCCAACAGGAAUUACUGACAUGGAGUGGGACAGGAAACACUCCAAGAGCUAGCUAAAGGACAUUCUAGUGUCGUAUCACUAUAUAUAUAUAUAUAUAUAUAUAUAUAUAUAUAUAUAUAUAUACAUAUAAUUUUUCUUUACCCAGAUUCAAAAAUUUAAGCAAGGCGAUGAAGUCGUAGUUAAAAGUGAUGAGAACUUAGUCAAAGAGCUCCAAAAAGAACAUGGAGGAUGGCACGAGUCUAUGAUAUCAGUAAGUUUAAUUUUUUUUUUUUAAUUUUCUUCUUCGCAAACUCCUGUGUGCAUGUGCGGAAGCUAAAAAUGUAAACUAAAAGAAGCUAAAAAAGUAAACAAUACACGCCACUAAUCUGGAGCCAAUUAUAUAUGUAUUUCAAAAAGCUAUUGGAGAAUAAACAGUUUUAAACAAGAUAAUAUCUUAUCUUAUUCCAUUUGUAGAUCCUUGGUCGUACUGGAAAUGUGUUGGGAGUUGAUAGUAAUGGUGAUAUUUUAGUGUCAGUAGAAGGCACCAGAUGGAUGUUGAGCCCAGCUGCUGUGACUUCUGUCACUGACCCAGACCUCCAGCAGUCAACAGAGGCUUGUGACAUGGGCAGCGAAAAUCCCUUAGGUACAAAGUUAGGGUACAAUCGUAUUGAGAGCGUUAGUAAAAAUGGCCAAUCUAGAAGAGUAAAACCUUUGAAUCGCAUGGAAACGUCAGUGACUAGGACGUAAGUGAUUUGAGCUAUGCAUCUGAUUGGCUAAGAUGAAAGCAAGACUUUUCUCGACCACUCACAAAGCGAGAUAAACAAUUCAAUGUCAUCUAUGUCACUCAAUCGAAAACUGCUCUGAGAAACAAGAAGACAAAUUUCUUUAAAGCACAGAUCAUAAGUGUAGUUUUCUUCACAAUUACUGUUGUAUGUUUUUCUCCAGGGCUUUUCAGUCUCUUUAGAGACUUACUACGUCAAGCUCAUGAACAGGAGGCUCACGGCCUUGUGAAUGCUGCGCAAAGCAACAACCUCUCAAGACUCAUUGAGAUCUUGGAUGCUAACCCAGAACGGGUACCUUUUUUCUUUCAUUCUUUACUUUUGCAGAUGGCAUUUGCAAGUCUGAAAAACUUCUGAAAUCAAGGCAAUACGAUAAAUAAAAACAUAAGAUGAGAACUGUGUAAUUUAGGUUUUAGUAAACAAAGAUACCGAAAACGAUAAAAUUUAUCAGUGUAAUAUCAGUUCACGAUUUAGAAUCAAAUUUGAAUUUGGUAGCGUUUUAGAAAUUUGAAAUGAUCAAGGCUUUGUAUCUUUUUGUUCUACAUAGAUUGACGAGCUGGAGGGUGGUCACACUGCUCUUCAUGUUGCAUGUCGCCAGGGGCAUUGUGAAAUCAUCAGAGAAUUGGUUGAGAGAGGAGCCAACAUGGACAUACUGGUGGGUAAUAAUUUUUUUAAUUUUUGUCUUAUCAUUACUGUUAUUUUUUGCUCCGUUCAAAUUACUGUAACUGCUAGUGCUACACGAGGAGGAAAACCAAUCAACCAACCAACCAACCAUCGUCGUUGUCGUCGCAUGAUCGACAAGCUUAAAUCAUUAUUUUGACAUACUAAGUGUUCAGGAGAGGAACCUAGUUAUUCAUACACUUUUAUGUACUUAAAAUACAGGAUAAUCAGGGAUACACAGCCAUGCAUCACUCUACUUACCAGUAAGUUGAGUAAUUUUAAGUAAGCUGGUCAAACUUAUAAUUCGAUUCAGAGCUUUUGUUUUGCUUUCCUUCGCCAAGCGAUUGUUUUCGCAAACUUGAGCUAUCCUCUCAGUCAAUUGAAUAAUAAAAAAAAACCAAGGACUAAAACCACUGAAUAACUUUUGGUAUGCUUGAAUUCGACAGCAUGUGAUUGUUCUUCGUGUUCAUUCAUCCGCUAAGUUAUUUUUGCAUGUCUAGACUUGCUUAGCUUUUUUUUUAUGACUCUUGCAGGAGCCAACGCAAAACAUCUGUAUGUUAUUGUUCAUAUAUUUCUUCCUUUAUGACAGUCACGUGAAUAUUCCUAGGAAAGCAGCAUAAGUAACCUCUUAAGUUAAAGUGAAAUGCAAAAAUGCCCAAUGUUUGUUGAACUUAUAUCCUCGUCAUCAUUCAGAGACGAAAGCGGUGAAGCAUUGAAACUGUUACUGGAGAAAGGCUUUGAUCCAAACGUUCAACACAGAAGUAAUAAGAGCACACCCUUACAUUUGGCUGUGAAAAGGAAAAACGAAACGGCAGUACAGAUCCUGACACAGUGCCCCGAGUGUGACGUCAAUCUACAGGUUCGUUGGUUCCUUUGAAGAUACCAGUUCUCCUGAGAAUACAAAUUCCUGAUGCUUUCUCGACUGUUUAACUAACUCAGCAAACAUUACACAUAUUAUUAAGACGCAUUUCGUUGUAAAAUCUAAAACUACAUAGCUCUUUACUUAUUUUAAAACGAUACAUGAAAAGUCUAUGUCCUGCCGUUGGAAAGUCUUAAGACUUAACUGUUUUGGCUGCGGCACCGGACAAUUUGACGUUUGCAACCAUUCUUGAUGUUUUCAUCCCAACAUUUUGGUGCUCAAAUACACUGCUACCCAAGCUGCCAGUAAAUAAACAAAGUCGAAAGGCACCACGUGACCCCUGACAUUACGCUUGAUCAUUUUCAGGACGAGGCAGGUGAUACCCCUCUCCAUGAUGCCAUCCGAGAAGAACACCACAACAUGGUGGAUAUGCUGUUAGAGUGUCCAAGAAUUUGUUACACUCUUUGUAACGGAAAAGGUUUCAAUUAUCUUCAACACGCUGUUUUAAGAGGAGAUAAACGGUAACUAUGCCAAAAAUAAUUACAUUACUACUGAGUUAGACAGCUUAAUCAGAGUAAGGGUACUAUAGCUUUUCAGAUCCUUGGCAUUGGAUGGAUCAAUAGUACCCAGACCCAAGGCAUAGUUUUCAACUAAUCGUCGCAGUUUUUGAGACACCUGGGCUUAGGCUUAUACGCAAACCAAGGUCGAACAUGAAGCUCAUGAUCUUCCUGAUUGCAAGGGUCGUUGGUCAUCACUCGGGCUGGUUUUCAUGUAAUUUGGACAAUUGGGGCGAUGAGUGAUCAAGAAGAAACGAGACCAAACAUUAGUUACAAAAUUACUUUAAUUUAAUGCUUUUACCAACAUUCGCUUUGACAUUCAGUACAACAUAAUUCUACUGUGUCAUUUAUUCACAGCGCCGUGGAAAAAGUUUUUGCCAAAACCGGGAAUUCUUUGAAUGUUGUUAAAAAUGAUGGGUUUACGACCCUUCAUAUUGCAGCAAUUAAAGAUCAUCGUGAGAUAGCUAACAUCCUUUUAAAGAAGGUAAUUUUAUAGAAAAAUGAUUUUAACGACUUUUCCCCGUUUAAUUAUCUUUUUUUUUUUCGCGUGCAAGACUCCCUUUGUGGUUAAUUUAACCGCUUGACAGAUUUGAAAGAAUGUCGUAUGUGUUUAAUCUUGGAAUGGAAUAUGACUUUCUGCGUGUGGUUAGCUGGGAUAUUCAACACUACUAUUCUCCAAUUGGAAAAACUACGAAAACAAAGCGCUGUCAUUUACUAUAACGAUCAGUUCACUGCAAAUAAUUGAUUGCUACAAGGCUUACGUAGAGGUUUAAUUUACUCUGGACAGGUGCUCCAUACCAACGAACCGAUAUCCUUGUUUCUCGUACGUUGUUAAACAACCCUUCUGUGAGUGAGAUGCUACUCCAUCAUUGUAUAUCCCAUGAAAUUCCGUCAGGAUGUCCUCUCCUGGGCAGGGAAAGGGCUAACGAAAGUUUCCUGCUAUAGAACAUAACACAGUGACCUAGGCAGAUCCUAUUGGUAAACAACCCGGGUCUGGAGUCUACGUUGCGAACCGUCAGGCCAUUGCGUAUUCUUUUUAUUGACAACCUCACCAAAAGUUUAUAAAAACUUUCGAACAAUGAAUCUGAAUCUGAUAAUUCAAUCCGAUAAAGAUAUUUUGAUAGUGAGAGUAUAUUUUUUCUCUAACAGCCGGGGUGUGAGGUCGAUGCUCUGACCGCUAAAAAUCAAUCGGCUCUUCAUUUAGCCGCCAAUGAAGGGUACUCAGUCAUGGUAGGGAUAUUGUUGGACCAUGGAGCCAGUGUGAAUGCGGUGGAUGAUGACGGAGAUACAGCGCUUCACAUCACUUUAAUGAAAGAACGCGUUUUUCAGAGAAAUCCGGAAGUAAUGGUAAAUAAGUAGCGUCAUAAAAUAUCGUGCUAUGAGCCUGUUCAUGGCGUUUAAUCAGUAAAAGAAGCUCGAUAGUAAACAGCGCUGUAGUCGCGGAGGGGUGAAGGGGUCAGGUCACGUAUACCAUAGCUAUUUCACCCUUCCGCUACUAUGACGCCUUUGGCCACUACGCUCUGUUUUACUAACUGAACACUUGAAACAGGCCAACAAGAAAUAGAUUUGUUUUAUUUUAGCCUGGUCUGGAGUUACUACUUGGUGUACGAAAGAGCAGUGCGCCCUUUGCUGCUGUCUCACGCUGCUUGUUAAGCUAUGGAGCUGACGUGUUGAAAGUCAAUGGCUCUGGGGAAACACCGCUGGACAGAUGUCGAGGAUCGGAAGUUGAGCAACUCAUUCGGAAGAUUGCAGCCUGUGGAGGGUAUUCAAAUGCUUUUGUGAUACCUGUACACCUUUCUAUGUUAAAGUAG